UCCCUUUCCCCGCCCUUCCUCAGUCGUAGGCUUUUCGGGUGGGGGAAUCCGCUAAACGCUCACCGUGAGGGGACUCCUCAGAGUUGCUGACGAAGAUCAGAGCGUGGCGGGACGGUUUCCGGGCAGGAGGGUUUUUAUUGUUGUUGUUAUUUGAAAGAAAAAGGACCUACGAAAGAUUGUACAAGCCAAAGCCUGCAAGGCAGAGAGCGAGCGCAGGGACCGUCGCUUUCAAGCGAAUUUCUGCUACCACUGGGAAUGACCAAUUCUAAGAUGUCACUGUGGAGCUUUGUCUCCAAGAUACCUCCAGAAGAGUUCGUUGGCCUCUUUGAAGAGUUUCCAUAUAAACUGCGAUGCCUCCUGGGGGAUUGGUUGGAAAACUACCCUUGGGAAUUUAUCAACGACAGUUCGGACUCUUUCUGUGUUGUUCUAGCAGCAAAGCUGCUAUCUGCAAUGGUGGAGAAAUUACAAGAUCUAGCCAAGAAAAUCUGCCCCCCUGGCUCAAUUCUCCAACUCAUUGGCAGCAUUGAGAGCAGAUAUCGAAGAGAGCCACUGCAGUUGGUGGAAGCUGUAAGAAGAAUCUUACAAGCGGAGCAAGCAGCCAUUCAGCAACGGUUUCAGCACCUGCACCUCUUCAUCAACCGCCAGCAGGAAGAGUUAUUGUUUGAAUUUAGUUUGCAAAGACUGCAGUACCAUGUCCAGGAACUUCGAGAGAGCUUAAUGCACAUGAAUAGCAACCCAAACGUUUCUCCACAGCUCAACUCGCUGGAUGUGCAAUAUCCUAUGCAAGAAAACCUGCAAGCAAAUCCUCUCCAUAGCCUUCAAACUCUGUUCCUCAAUGUGGUUGGUGAGCUAGAGAAGGCAACGAAAAUGGUUCAGAGAAGACUUGUGAUCUGGAAAAGACAGCAACAGCUGGCUGGCAAUGGAGCUCCUUUCGAUGAGGACUUGGGACCACUGCAGAAGAGGUUUGAAAACCUGGUGAAUAUUUAUUUCCAGCUCCGCCUGGAACUGAUGGCCUUUGCAACUGAGUUUCAGCCUUGUCUUCAGGAGCGUCUGGAUAAUGUGUUCAGUGCCCUCAUCAAAAACUCAUUUCUGGUGGACAAGCAGCCUCCACAAGUUCUGAAGACCCAAACCAAGUUUCAGGCGACGGUUCGCUUCCUGCUGGGACCUCAUUUGCUCAAGCCUCCACACACAUCCUUCAUGGUCACAGCUGAUAUUGUGACAGAGAAGCAGGCCCGGGAACUGGCCACCAACCAUUCUGGGACUGUUUUCAGUGAAAACACUGGAGAAAUUGUGAACAAUACAGCACCUCUGGAGACAAAUGCCACAAGCAAUGCCUGUUGUGCUGUCUUCAAAAAUAUGCUCCUCAAGAAGAUUAAGCGCUGCGACCGUAAGAGCACAGAGUCUGUGACGGAAGAGAAAUGUGCUGUUCUUUUCAGGGCCAGUGUGAGCCUUGGUCCAAACAAAGCCAGCUUCCUCAUGCAGGCCCUUUCACUGCCCAUUGUUGUGAUCGUCCACGGUAACCAAGACAGCAACGCCAAAGCCACCAUCUUAUGGGACAACGGUUUUGCCACCACGAACCGCAUUCCUUUCAUGGUGGCUGAGCGUGUCAGCUGGGGAGACAUGUGUGAGACUCUCAACCAGAAGUUCAUGGCUGAGGUGCAGACCACUGAAGGCCUUCAGAAGGAACAUUACUUCUUCUUGGCCCAGAAGAUCUUUAGUGACAGUAGCGCCAGUCCAGAGGAAUUCCAGAACCGCCAAGUGUCAUGGUCCCAGUUCAAUAAGGAGAAUCUUCCAGGCCGAGCAUUCACAUUCUGGCAAUGGUUUGAAGGAGUUACCGAGUUCACAAAGAAAUACCUGAAAGAAUACUGGUCUGACAGGCUCAUCUUGGGCUUUGUUAGCAAGGACUAUGUUAACAGCCAUCUGUGCCAAGCACCAGUCGGUACUUUCCUGCUACGCUUCAGUGACUCUGAAAUUGGGGGCAUCAGCAUAGCCUACGUCACUUUCUGCCAUGGUUCCACUCAGGUGGAGAAUAUCCAGCCAUUGACUGCAAAGCAACUCUCUGUCCAGUCCCUUGCUGACUGCAUUCGGGAUCUUUCAGAGCUUUCAAUACUGUUUCCCAACAGGCUGAAAGAUGAAGCUUUCAGGAAUCACUAUAAUGCAGAGGCACCCAAGAAAAGCAGUUAUGUCCGAGCCAAGUUGACGAUAACUCUGGACACACCUUCCUCAUUUCCUGCUCUGCCAGUUCAGGCGCCAGUAGACCCUCUGGGCAAUUCUAAUGGGAGUUAUGGAAUAUGUUCUGAGCCUGUCUUUGGUUCCAGAACCGGUGUACAGUUAUCUACUCCAUUGAGUCAGGCCCCAGUCAACUCUAUGGGCAGCCCUAAUAUGAAUCCUGAAUUGCAUUCUGACUCUCCCUAUGGCCCACCACCCGUGAUUCCACCACCAAUGUAUCCAUCACCCUCCAGCAACACAUCAUACAGGAAUCAGCAGUUACAUCCCGAAGCAAUUAUGUCCUACCCCUACCAUAUGGGAAAUGCCUCACCCCUUGGCGACAUUUGUCCAUAUCCCCUACCUCAAGAUGUGGAAAUGUCAGAGAUCUACAUGUCUAAUGGGAAUGUUAUGAACCUUCCGCUGUCUUUGCCAUCAAACCUGAUCAGGGUGCCUGAGACCCUUCCUGAACCCUCUACUGAAGAGUGGGAGGAGCUGCUACGUAAUGAGCAAGAUCCAAAUCGCUACUGUAAGGAUUCAGAAUGACUGAAUGGCUGUCCAUAAAGCUUUGUAUCUUGGACUUCCAUGGACUAUAGCUGUCAAGACCAGGCACACCAGAGCAGGUUGUGGUUUCGUGCCCCAGAUUCAUGCAGAGUACAUAACCUUUCUAGGACUUCUGUUUACACGCUCUUCUUGUUGUCCAACCUUUGAGUUCUGUCUUGGCUCGAGAGACUCAAGUCUGUGCUGGAUAGACUUGUGAAGUAAUCUGCUCUGCUCUGGAUAUUUGUCAGUUUUUAGAAGGCCUUGGGAGCUGUGCAUUUAUUUUACAGAUGGGCCAGAACUCACGUUCUCUCCUGGCUUGUUCAUGGCUUAGCACUUUUUGUGGGGAGCAGUGUGACCUCAAUAGGCUAAUAUGGUCCCCAUACUUUACAGUUUGUGCUGUUUCUGGCUAGUUAGGAGUGGAUGUGUUUCCUGUUGUAAGAUGGUGGACUUCCGCCAUCAUUGCGAGAGCCCAGCAGAAGGUUUUUAUGGGGGGGGGUCAGACUCUGUUACUUGGUUAGUUUAGAGGGAGGAUUAGUUGAACUGCUGGUCCUUUCUUGUACCCCCCCCCCGGUUGGACAUCUGGGCAUUCAGAACUACUUCAAUUUCCUCUUCUGUUCUGUUUGUUUCUGCUUCUGGAUGAGAGGCACCAUAUGUCCUCCCAAUAUUAAAAAUCUACAAAUCCCUUUCUUCCUAUUAAACAUGUAAAGGGAGGUUGACUGUGUUUCUAGGCCGAGUGCAGUGGUUUUCUCAGGUGGUGGAGAAAGGGACAGGAGAAAAAGUGGCAGUGUGCUGUUGGGAUAGUAGAGCUGUCAAAUGUCACAUAUGAUCAGCCUUGCACCUUCUCUGCUAAGCUGCUGUCCUCCAGUAUGGUGGAAGGCACUGUCCCAUCACGACUGCUCAGUGCUGAGGAGAGAUUCCACUAGCCCUUGUGUGUAAAAGGCAGAUGGAGCACCAUCUUGGUCUUCACCCCCCAGCUCAGGAGGAGAAUGUCUCGGGUCCAGCACUGUAAACUUGCAUGUUCUUCUCACUGGAUGGCACCCAGGUCCUCCAUCAAAUUUGUCUUCUUUUUCCAAAGGAGUGCUAUCAUUUGGGCUGUGAAACCCAGAAGGAGAAAUUCUGAGCAAUUUACCUUGUCUUGGAGGCAUGGAAUGUAGUCUUUUCCUUACACCACCCCAACCCUUUCUCUUUUUUACCCCCUCAGGCUUUAUCCCUGCCUACCGAUGGUCACUUAAUCCCAUCUCACAGCUGGUAAAAGUGCAGUUUUAAAGUAAGGCAUAAAAUAAGACUUUAUUCCAAAAUAACAAAAUAAAUAAUCUACUGUACACAUUA